CUACAAUUCUGAAUUCAACCAAGUUUCUGCAUACCAAAAAAGAAAGUAUCGGCUGCAAUUCAACCAAGUUUCUACAUCACUUUGUCCUGUGACACCACUCCGACACAAAUUGUCAGCACCGCUCUUCUCUUCUCCCCACCGCACGACGACAAGAGACAGUGGCGAUCGCGAGAAUGCAAGAGCCGGAUUGGCACGGCAUGCUGGCGGAGUUUCUCCAAAGAGACUCGACCAACCCCAUCCGGCGCGACACCCUUCGUCGCAUCUUAGAGAUGGACACGGAGCGAGAGCCGACCGGGCACCUUUUACCCGUCGAUGAAGCAAAAGAAAAGCUAAACUUCCUCAGGAAAUUGGAGCGCUACUGGGAAGAACAUUUCCCUGAGUUCACUGGGGAGCCCCGCGAUCGAUACAAGCCCCUCGGUCAACUAGCCAUCGCCACUGUGAUGAUGAUGGACUUCAACACGUUCCGAGGGCUGGCGAAUUUACCGGCCAUUCAGCGCGACUGGAUCCUAGGCUCGUGGCUCAAGGACUUGAUGGUAAUGCCCUGCUUUGUCAAGAAGGUUAUGACCAAGAAUCUGAGCAACUAUGACUCCUUUCUUCUCGACCUAGCGGAAGGGCGCUUCCAAGAGUUGGACGCUCAAUUACACGAAAUCCAGCGCAAACAACAAUCCUCGAGCGAGAGCUACGAUGACAAAAAGCCGCAGUUGUCGCCGAUCAAGUCGAAGACGUCGAAGACGUCGAAGACGUCGAAGAAGUCGCUGAAACUUGAAGCGACGGAGAAAAGCGACCAACUGAUAAGAUCCCAAGCUGAGAAAGCAGAACGGGCAAUGCUCGACAAUCAUCGCUGCGUCGUCCUUGGCACAGGCAAUCCCGAGAUUUUUCACAUCGUCCCGUUCAGUCUCAACGAUAAUGAGAAGUCCCGAACCCAUCUCAACAAAUACCUCGCAGUGGCAGCUACCCUCAUUCAUUACGAGAAGCCAGAACUGGCUAGCGAUCCAGAGUACAUCCCAGAGGAUGCCGACUCUGAUUCGAUGGAUGAUGGCGAGGAUGAGCCCGAGCCGGUUCAUUUAUGGGCUAUUCACUGUCGCAAGUUCUUUUCGUCAAAGAUAGGGGUCAGCGACAGAUCAUGGAACAUGAUCAGUCUCAACAGGCAGCUUCACAAUUGGUGGAGCGAGGGUUAUUUCGCCUUCAAGCCGCUCGGUAUUGACGGGAAGAUCAUCAAGGGCUUGAACCCGAAAGGUGUCACUGCGCACUAUACUCGAGUCAAGCUGCAGUUCCAUUGGAUGCCUCGUCGAAAGGACAUAGCCUCGAGAGCGACAACCCUCGAUAUCUCCGAGAACGCACGCCCACAGGAUUUCUCGGAUCUAUUCAACAAGACAUAUGGUGACCUGGAGGCUAACGACCUGAACCCGGUCUUUGCUCAAGAUCGGCAAAGUUCGGUAUCCCAUCAGGUUCAGACGGGCGACAUUUUUUAUGUCAAGGUUGAGCACCGGUACGCCGAGCGCAUGCUUGCAGCUUUCAGGAUACAAUGGGCGACGGUAAAGAUUUUGUCGCUGGCAGGGGGCGCGGAGUCCUUGGAUGAUGUAGGAGACUCUCCGGACUAUCUGGAUGAGAACCUCAACUGGAUGGGUGACGUGAAACGCGGAAUGACCAUACCGGCUUUGAUGAAGGAGUGGGACGACUAGGAGACUCCCACGACAGCUCAGAGUCCGGUGGGUGAACCGCGUACCUCGGUGGACAAGAGAGAUGCGCCGGAACGAGGUCAGCCUCUCAACCCUGGC